UCCUUCCCCAAUCUCUCUGAUUCUAAUCCCCGCUCACCGCAACCACUCCUUGCCAGCCAUGGUCAGCCACACCACGGCAAUCUUCCCCGGCGAGCUGGAACAGCCAUGGCGUUGACCAGACAACAAUCAAGCGGCGCUGCAAACCAGCAGCCGUCGGUGAUGGAGAAGACACGCUCCGGUGCUGCGACGGCUGGCUUUUUUGCUGGAAGCAUGCCGGCGAAAAGUUACAACCAGCGUUGCCGGUGAUGGAGAUGGCAGGCUCCGGUGCUGCAACCGGCUAGGUUUUUGCUGGAAGCGGCCAAUGAAAAAGCUACCUGCACAGCGGCCAAUCGACGGUCGGCGAUGCUACAAUCGAUGGUCGGCGAGCUGCAACCGCGCCGUCGCUACCAAUGUUGGAACCAUCGAAGCAAAAAGCUGGAAGCAGCGGCGCAAAAAGCUGCAACCGGCAAACGAUUUUGCUACAUUCAUCAUGGCGGACCUGCGACCCCGCGACGACGGUGACAUUUUUGCUGCAACCGUCGUCUGAUUUUGCUACUAUCGGCGAGGUAAUUUGCUACAUCCAUGGUGGCGGAGCUGCGAUGCCGGCGACCAAAUUUCUUUUUGCAGCAACUGUCGUCUGAUGUUGCUACUAUCGGUGAGGUAAUUUGCUACAUCCAUGGUGGCGGAGCUGUGACGCCGGCGACCAAUUUCUUUUUUUGUGGCCACCACUAGUGUUUUUUGCUACUACCAACGAUGUAUUUUGCUACAUCCACUCAAUGUCGUUUACUGGUGGUCGUCGGUCGUAGCGAGCAUCGACGACGAGUGGCGGCGGCGACACAUUGGGUGCCGCAACCAUGGAGCGUCGACGGGGGGAGUUGCAACCGUCUGAGGUGGAGCUUGCAACUGAAAAUUAACUAGCGAGAAGGUUCUCCGGCGAGCAGCAGAGGGGCUACAAGGAAUAGAGGUGCAAGCGGCCGACGGCCGGCAGCCGUUCCCCUCGCCGAGCUGCACACGAAGGCGGAGCCGCCGAAGCAGCGGCGUGGGGAUUUUUUUGGGAUUCGUUGGGAGGAAGAAGACGGGUCAAGGAAAGGCUAGACCGGGCCGAAUAAUGUUUUUUGGACGGCUGUACUGUACCAGAUCCAACGGCUGGGGCCGGACCGGCCGAACCUAGCGCCGCCGGCGCCUAGUACUGGCCUUAUUAUAAAGAUCCAAUCUUGACGUUGGAGGCAGCAGCUGCCCACGACGCGGUGCCGCUGCGUGAAGGGAUCAACUUUGCGCGGCGCCGUCCCCGCGCGCCAAGAUCUCCACCUGUAACGCUGACAGCCUGCUCUCUCGCGUCGUUUCUGCCCAUGACGACAGCCCGAGUCUCGAGCGUUACAGCUGUUGCCUACCUUAACCGACAUUUUAGAAUCGCCUCUAUAAAUACCAGCCUCCCAUCCCAAUUCACAACUCGCAGCUCAAGUACAGCUUCUACACACAGAGCCUAAGCAUCCCAUCUCAUCUCCUCUCCAAAUCACCGUCAGCAGCUACCAGAUGGCUCGCUUCGCCGUGCUCGCCGCCACCAUCGCCCUCCUCGCCGUCGCCACCGCCGCGCAGGGUCCCAUACCGGCGCCCAGGAUGGCACCGCUCCCUGCACCUCCGGCGAGGUCUCCGGCAACCGCCCCUGCGCCGGUCUCCACCCCGCCCACCGCCGCGUCGCCGUCCCCGAUGGCCUCUCCGCCGGCCCCGCCCACCGACGCGCCGACCGACGCUCCCUCCGCGAUGACACCCUCCACGGUCUCCGCCACGCCCUCCGGCGCCCCCGUCGGUGCCCCCACCGGCACUCCCGCGAGCUCUGCCGUGUACUCGUCCGCCGCCAGCUUCGUUGCAGUGGCCGGAGCGGUCGCCGCCGCCAUCGUUUUCUAGAGGCAGCGAUGACCCUGCUACUCUACUUUGUCUAUACAGUUUCAGUGUUUCUGAGAUUCUUUUAUUGUAGACGGAGGAAAGGUUACACGACAUUGCGAUGUAAUCUUGUGACGAGAUUAUUACGAAUAUAAAAUUCUUUCAUUUGUGAGUA